AUGUUGCUGGGCUUGAUAUACGUCCUCGCUCUAUCCACUGCUGCAUUUGCCUCACCGGGUCCGCUAUGGUUCAGCCCGACUUCCGCCAAGAGAAGCGAUCUCCCGUAUGAUCCGCCUGCCGCCCGUGGGUUGACGAACGCGGUUCGCCUGGCGCGUGGGUAUCCCUUGAAGGCCCCAGUCAGGCGUGCUGAUACCGCCACGAGAGGUGUCCCCUCCAGCGUUCUAUCAGGAUCGCACAUGACUCGAGGAUAUCUUCAGUUCACUACUACUGACAAUCAGAAUGCUGGAUUCAUUGGCAUUCAGACCAAUCAAAAUGGCGACUUUCUGUUGUCUACUGGCAAUAAUGACAAGCUUUUGGUUGAAAUCGAUGUAGCAAAGUCUGGGCCAACUACCAUAACUAUUGUCAAGCAGGGACAGAACGGCGGUACAGGCGUAUCUUAUUUCGCCGGUAUCAUAGGAUCGACAAGUACAUCCAACAGCCUUUCCCAAGGCAGUUUCAGCUAUUUCAACUUUGGAGGAAGCCUCGGUCAAUCGUCGCAAUCGGUCGCCUUCUUCGAGACUGCGAUUUUUGCUUACGGCGCCACGGAUGAAAGCAUCACGGUUCAGUGGGCUAAUACAGAUGGGUCCGUCGCGGAAGCAUUCAUUGGUCUCACAUCGCAGAAAGGUGCAUUUGGGACUGGUGAUCGCAACGCGUGUGAGCAAGAGUUCGGAACAGUUACUUGGGUGACGCUCUCUUUUGUUCCUCAAUAA